GUUUCUCUCUCCCCGCAGGCCAUGAUGCUGCGUUUGGCUGCUUUUGCAGCUGUGCUGCUGUUCUUCAGGGUCACUCUGGAACUGUCCUGGGCCCAGGCCAUCCCUGCUCUCUUCGUCUUCUACCUGGCAUCUGGUGGAUGGGACUUCUUCCUCAUAUUCCUCAAGACAUUACCAAGGGACAUCACCACGGGGCUGGUCCUGUUGAGGGUGAAGUGGCAGGUAUGGAAGCACGUGAGGGAGAAGAACACAAUUGCCAAGAUCUUCCAGAAGACCGCAAGGAAGUAUCCAGAGAAGACAGCACUGAUCUUCCAAGGCACAGGCGAGAGCUGGACCUUCCGUCAACUGGAUGAGUACUCCAACCAGGUGGCCAAUUUCUUCUACAGCCAAGGCUUCCGCUCGGGUGACGUGGUGGCGCUUUUCAUGGAGUCCCGCAAUCAGUACGUGGGGCUGUGGCUCGGCCUGGCCAAGAUCGGGGUGGAGACAGCCCUCGUGAAUUCCCACCUGCGCUUGGAGGCCUUGCUGCACUGCAUCACCAUCUCCAGCUCCAAAGCUGUGGUGUUUGGGGUGGAAAUGAUGGAAGCAAUGCAGGAAGUGCAGCCCUCCCUGGAUAAAUCCAUCCAUCUCUUCUGGUCCGGGGAAGAAAAUCCUAAAUCUGUGCUUCCUGGUGCAAAACACCUGGACCCCCUCCUGCAGAUGGCCCAGCGACACCAGCCAGCUCCCCCUAAUAAGGGCUUUCUUGAUAAACUCUUCUACAUCUACACCUCUGGCACGACGGGGCUGCCCAAGGCUGCCAUUGUGGUUAACUGCCGGUACUUCCGCAUGUCCAGCUUAGUUUUUUACGGUUUUCGGAUGAGGUCCGAUGAUGUGAUGUACGACUGCCUCCCGCUCUACCAUGCUGCAGGGAACAUCGUGGGGAUUGGGCAGUGCCUGCUGCAGGGCAUGACGGUUGUCAUCCGCAAGAAGUUCUCGGCCUCACACUUUUGGGAGGACUGCGUGAAAUACAACUGCACGAUUGUGCAGUACAUCGGGGAGAUCUGCCGCUACCUGCUGAACCAGCCAUACCAGAACACGGAGCGGCAGCACCGGGUGCGCAUGGCCGUGGGCAAUGGGCUGCGGGCCUCCAUCUGGAGGGAGUUCAUGGCCCGCUUUGGCAUCGCCCAGGUGGCCGAGUUCUACGGGGCCACUGAGUGCAACUGCAGCCUGGGAAACUUUGAUGGCAAUGUUGGGUCAUGUGGCUUCAACAGCAGGAUCCUACCAGGUGUGUACCCCAUUGGUUUGGUGAAGGUGGAUGAAGACACUAUGGAGCUGAUCCGGGGACCAGAUGGUGUCUGUAUCAGCUGCAAACCAGGGGAGCCAGGGCAGCUGGUGGGUCGCAUUGUCAGGAGCAAUCCCCUGCAGCACUUCGAUGGUUACCUGAAUCAGUCAGCCACCAACAAGAAGAUUGCCAGGGAUGUGUUUACUAAAGGGGAUGCUGCCUAUCUCACAGGGGAUGUCCUGGUGAUGGACAAAUAUGGCUACAUGUACUUCCGAGACCGCACCGGGGACACGUUCCGAUGGAAAGGGGAGAACGUCUCCACCACGGAGGUGGAGGGAACGCUGAGCCGCAUCCUCAACCUGACGGACGUGGUGGUUUAUGGUGUGGAGGUCCCAGGGAUUGAAGGGAAGGCAGGAAUGGCAGCCAUCGCUGACCCAGAGAACUCCUGUGACCUAGAAGACUUUUCCAGCAAGCUGAAAAAGGCCCUGCCACUCUAUGCACGUCCCGUCUUCCUGCGGUUCCUGCACGAGGUCUCCAAGACAAGCACUUACAAGUUCCAGAAGAUGGAGCUGCGGAAGCAGGGCUUUGACCCCACGCUGGUGAAGGACAGGUUGUAUUUUCUGGACUCCAGGCAAGGCUGUUACCUGCCACUGGACCAGGCAGCGUUCAGCAGAAUCCAGUCGGGAGACCAGAAGCUGUAACUGGUGGGGCUCAAGCAAGGCACCUCCCAAAUCCUGCUGGGGAGAGGGGGCAAGGCAGGCACUGGGGAAGGAAAGGUUCACGGAGUGAUAUAAAAGGCACGCUAGAAAUUUUAUUUGACAGGUUUUACAGAUAAGGGUUUGGGGGGAGCACAGAGGGGAUUGGGGGGAGGGGGAUGGUCACAUACCAAAGCAUUGACUCAUUAUGGCUUUAUUUUCUACUUGGUACAGUGGUGGUGGUCCCAUGCCAUGAUGCCAUGGGAGGGGCAGGGCCCUGGCCAGUUGAGGAGGGGUGGGGUGCCCCUACCAUUCCGCUUCGCUUUUCCUGUCUUUCCCUACCUUUUCCUGCCUGAAACAACCCUUCCUUGUGAAGGCCAUGAAGGGACCAGUGCUGGGGUCUUCCCCACUCCUCUACCAAGCAGCCAGCUCCUCCUUGGCACAGGGACCCAGCUGGCACAGGGAAGGUGGGUGCCAGGCGCAACCCUUCCCUCUGCUCAGCCCUGCUGGUGUUGUGUGUCUGCUGUGAAUCAGGGGAGCAGGGUAGUGUUUGGCUCAGGAGGGGGACAGGGGUGUGUUUCUGCCAUGUCGUUCUCUCUCCUGGGGAUGACAUUUCUAUUUUUCACAAUCACACGCACAUCAUAUUAUAUUAAAAAAUAU